AUGAUGCAAAAACAGAGACAAUUAUAUGGUACAAUUAAUCUGUUGACGAAGUCCUUUAUAGAAAAAAAUAUUGAAGAUGAAGACAGAUUCAGGUUAAAAAAGCUGAAGCCACAAGAGCUUACGGAGCACUGUUUCUACCAUGGCAGUGUACAGGGUCACUCCUCAUCCCUGGUGGCAGUGAGCACUUGUGAAGGGGUCAGUGGUUACAUCCAGACCGACAGAGAAGCCUACCACAUAGAGCCAGGGCUGGAUAUGGGGGAUGGGGCACACAGGCUCUAUAAAGACAUUCACAAGAAGGACACCCCACACAAUUGCGGACAGUUGAAUAAGGUUCCUUCGGACAAUCUCGAGAAGAAAGCUCUCAAUGAAACAGUACAGAUUGACUUGACACAUUCAUAUUUAAGAAGAAAACGCAGAAGCUUGGUGGAGCCAUAUGAUGCCAAUUUGCAGACACGCUAUGUUGAGAUGUAUGUAGUCAAUGACUUCAGAACCUUUGAUAGUAAUAAUCGUGAUGUCGCGUACCAAACUCGGAAGACUCAGAACAUUAUCAACAUUGUCAGCCGGCUUUAUCGGCCAUUCAACAUUUACAUCGCCCUGGUUGGUGUGGAAAACUGGACGAAGGAAGAUCUGUUCCAGAUUGUUGAUGAAGCAGAUACAACCCUGCAGAGCUUCCUACACUAUCGGAAAGAAAGGAUCAACCCCUACCACAGGAAUGAUAACUCUCAGUUGAUUACGACAACAUCAUUCAGCAAUGGAGUGGUGGGCAAAGCCAUCAAAGGGACAAUAUGUACUUACCAGUACUCUGGUGGUGUGAACUUGAAUCUCGCAACGGAAGCUCAGACAGCAACAACUAUAGCACACGAGCUGGGGCACAAUUUUGGUAUGGACCACGACAACUACACGAUAUGCAAGUGUCCUGUGGAGAAAUGCAUCAUGGCGUCCACAAGUGGGGGAUCCAUGGAUGGGCGGGUGAACGUUCCCACAAAGUGGUCCUCGUGUUCCAUGACAUCGCUCUAUGAGUCGUUUGAGAUGGUGAUGGACUACUGUCUGCGUAACGUGCCGGAGACCCUGCACGCUGGGCCUGACUGCGGCAACGGGUUUACAGAGGCGGGCGAGGAGUGCGACUGUGGGGCUCUUGAGGAGUGUCACAACAAGUGCUGCAAUGCUACCACGUGUCGCCUGACCAGGGGAUCUCAAUGUGCGGCAGGAGCCUGCUGUGACCUUGACACUUGCAAGCCGAGGGCAGCAGCGACACUGUGUCGGGCCCAGGUGGGGGAGUGUGACCUGCCUGAGUUCUGCCUGGGAGACAACCCUGCCUGCCCCUCAGACGUGUUCCUACAGGACGGGCUGCAGUGUGGAAAUGGGCAGGCAUUCUGCUACAAGGGCAAGUGCAGCACACACACAGGCCAGUGUCGCCUGCUCUGGGGCUCUACGGGGCGUGUGUCUGACCCGGUCUGCUUCAAGCACCUCAACACCAACGGCAGCAAGCACGGCAACUGUGGCUACAACUGGACCCAGAUCAGAUACCUGCCCUGCCUCAGAGAUGACGUGAUGUGCGGGCUGCUGCACUGUGUUCACCAGAACGAGAAACUGAUGUUCUGGAAGGACAGUCUGACCCACACAACCCCCGCCACGUUUCUCACCAUCGGCACCACAACACAUGUGUGCCGGGGAGCCAUGCUGGAUGUGGGGCUAGACAUGCCUGACCCUGGCAUGGUACCAGACGGUGCCAAGUGCGACGAGAAAAAGAUGUGCUUGAACCAAAAGUGUCGCUCCAUAAGUGAGCUGGGGUUCUUGGGCUGUGAGGGCGGCUGUUCCAAGCAUGGUGUGUGUAACAGCAAGGGCAACUGUCACUGUGAGGAGGGGUGGGGGCCUCCCAGCUGCAAUGGGGCCGGCAACGGGGGCAGUGUGGAUAGCGGGCCCAUCAAGAUUGAAGAGUCUAGUAGCCUGCUGGUGACGUUGCUGGUGCUGUUCCUGGUGGUGUUGCCACUAUUGGCCUUUCUGGCCUUCCUACUCUACUACUUCAGGCACUCACUGCAGGCAUGGUGGCACAGCAGGUUCGACAAAACAGCCAAGAAUCAGAACCGGCCUGCACGCCCGUCCCGCCCCCCACCCAAGACAGACCCACACCCAAGCAACAGGCGGGAUCCUCCCCCACCCCCCAGCAAACCCCUAGCCAGACCCCUUGCAGAGCAACCUGGGCCCCACCAUGAGGUCAGCGGCAAAUCUGGUAUUGACAAGAGCAAGCCGAAGUCUAAGCCGAUGGCCAGUGUGCAGAUUUCCCAUCCUGUUCUUACUGAUAGCACACACGAGGAUUCUAAGGCCCACAUACAAACCAGCCCUGUCGCUGAUCAUAAGAAAAUACAGAGGCCUCCACCUCCUAAAUUACCUCUAAACGUAUCUAAGCAGGACAACAAAGGUAAAACUCCUGGAGGAGCUUGUGAUACCAAGACUGAGCCAGGAACCAGCGAGAGCAAGUUGAGGUUUGGGCCCAUAUUCAAAAUACCAAGCUUCUCAAAGGCAGACAAACUAAGCGCACCCAAACCUGAACAAUCAGCUGACACGGAUCCAGCUUCUGGAAAUGUGGUGAAGAAACGAGAACUGACAAGAAACAUAUCUAAUCCAGUCCUCAUCAGCACCACAGACAGACGAUCAAAACAUCUUGUCAAAGCUGAAAACCAUAGUGUCGCGCAGAUUCAGUUGGCAGACAGACAGGCCAGCGUAGAGGCACCACCUCUGCCUCCUCACAUCGACUUAAAGCGCAGCGAAUCAGACAUCGCCCGACGCAAUCGUCCCUUGCCCCCCAGGCCAGUCUCAAUGCCGGAGAGUGAAAGUGGGGAGGAACCAAAUGUGACCGUCUCCAGUGGUAGAAAGUCUGCAGUAUUUACCAGUAACUCCCCCAGAAUGCCCCAGCGCCCACCCCCACCCCCUAUCAAGCCAGGAAUUGACAGCACAAGGAAGACAAUAGAAGACGAGCUAGCGAAACUCGAUAGCAUAAAUAUUACUAUACCAGACAUGAACAGUAGACCUUCAACACCAAAGGCAGUGCAUCCAAAAACCAAAGAUAUAAAACCAAAACCAAGACCUGGAGCGCAGAAGACUACCUCCUCAGAUGCACAGAAACCUUUGCCUCCUGCAAAAUUACCUGCAGUGAGGUCGAAAUCAGACAGCAACAAACUUGAGGACGUCUCAAAACCAAAAGAGCAGAGAACUGACAUAAAACCUGGUGGAGAUUUUGAAGUUAAGAAACCAAUUUUUAUUCCCAAAGCAAGACCUGGCCUCGGCAAAACCAAAGCAAAAACUGAAACACCUAAGGAGAAUAUAACGGAAAUAAAGAGAAAAAUCUCGACUGAUUCUUUAGACGAAGAUCCGAAUGCUGGAUCAGCCAGUGUGGCUGGCCUUUCAAGAAUAUUUGACACACAGACCAAGCCAUUGCUGAGUGAGAGUGCAUUGGCCGAGCCUAAGGACAAGGGCCUUAAGAAAACGGUGUCACAAGGAUCAGCAAAGGCGCCCAUGACCCCACCAAAACCUCGCCCCGGGGUCAAGUUCGUCCGCAGUGUUGAUGUGUAA